UUACAGAAUGGUGCUACAAUGACCUGGUAUCCCCCCUUUAUUUCACAUCAUUUUGAUGCUUCAUCAAGAUAUUCUAUUUUAUACACUGCUAACUUUGCACGAUUAUUUGGAAGUAGUGGAUGGUCUCCUGCCCUCGGAGAUAAACAUCCUUGGCUUCAGAUAGACUUAAAGAGGAAAUAUAAAAUAAUGGGAGUUGCCACUCAGGGAACCUAUAACACUUAUUACGACUGGGUGACCCGUUACAUCCUACUGUAUGGGGACCGGCCAGACAGCUGGAAACCAUUCUUUCAGCUGGGCACUAACUGGACCUUUUUUGGCAAUGUCAAUACAUCCGGGGUGAUAGAACACCGCCUCCACUAUCCUGUCAAGGCUCGCUACCUCCGCUUUAUUCCUGUGGCUUGGAACCCUAAAGGAAAGAUUGGACUUCGGGUUGCACUGUAUGGCUGUGAAUACAACCAUGAUGUCCUGUCAUUUGAUGGCGAUGACCUUAUUUCAUACCAGUUCAGGAAGAAAACGAAUCGCACACUGGAAGAUGACAUCUCUUUUAAUUUUAAAACACUGGAGAAGGACGGAGUACUAAUGCACGCCGAGGGGACUCAAGGAGACUACAUCACGCUGGAGUUAGUGAAGGCUGAGCUGGUCUUCAAGAUGAGUCUUGGCAACAGCCCUCUCCACCCAGUAGAUAGUCACACAGUUACCACACUGGGCAGUUUGCUGGAUGACCAAGCAUGGCAUUCCAUACAUAUUCAGCGCAAUGGACGUGAGCUCAACGUAACACUAGAUGGAGAGGUGCAAAGGCUUCGAUGCAAGGGGGACUUUGACCAGCUAGAUCUGGAUACUGAGAUAUUUUUUGCUGGUAUUACAUAUCAGGAUAAAAGCAUCUCACAUAAACAAAACUUUCGUGGUUGCCUGGAGAAUAUAAUCUAUAAUAAUGUCCGCAUUGCUGAUCUUGCCAGGAGGAACAAAACGUCCAUUCGGUUUAUGGGUCGUGUGCGUACCUCCUGUGUGGAAAUGCCGUAUGUUCCUGUCUCAUUUUCUGGCAUUAAUAACUACCUAAUGGUGCCAGGGGUUCCUGCCAACAUUAAGAUGAUGGUAAGCUUUAAAUUCCGGACCUGGGACACCAUUGGCCUUUUGCUCUUCACCAAUUUUGCUGGUUCCUUGGGAUCACUGGAAAUGGCAUUGAGCGAGGGUCAAAUCAACGUGACCAUCUCUCAACCACACAAGAAGAAGCUGGUGUUUGCAGCUGGAUAUCGGCUGAACGAUGGCUUCUGGCACUCAGUCUCCCUGAUAGCCAGAGAAAACUCUGCUGUGGUGGUGAUUGACGAUGAUGAAGGAGCACAAUUCAAAAUUAAUUAUCUGUUCCAGCUUCGAACAGGAGAUUCAUACUACUUUGGAGGGUGUCCAAAGCCAUCUGCUGGAUCUGGGUGCUAUUCCAAUCAGACAGCCUUCCAUGGUUGCAUGCAGCUACUCAACGUGGAUGGUCAGCCGGUGGACUUCCAUCGUAUGCAGCUGGGUUGGCUGGGGAGGUUCUCAGAAGUCAUGUUUAAUGUCUGUGCUAUUGCUGACAGAUGCAGGCCAAAUCCUUGUGAACAUGGAGGGCGUUGCUAUCAGUCUUGGGAUGACUUUUUCUGCAUCUGCGACAUGACUGGUUACAAGGGGGAAACCUGCCAUAAAUCUCUUUUCAAGGAAAACUGCGACGCCUACAGAAUUAGCGGCAAAUACUCUGGCAAUUACACUGUGGACCCAGAUGGCAGUGGACCUUUAAAGCCUUUCUAUGUCUACUGUGACAUUUCUGAGGAAAGAGCUUGGACCUUAGUACAACACGACCGGUACUAUCGCACUAAAGUGGUUGGCUCCAGUCCAGACCAGCCGUUCUUAGGAGAGGUGCAUUACUGGAAUGCUUCUUGGGGAGAGGUGUCUGCAUUGGCUAAUGGAUCGGAAUAUUGUGAACAGAUGAUAGAACUAUCCUGCUACAGGUCCAGGCUCCUCAAUACACCAAUGGGAUUGCCUUUUAGCUUUUGGAUGGGAAGAAAUAAUGAGAGACAUUUUUACUGGGGUGGCUCUAACCCUGGAAUUCAGAGAUGUGGUUGCGGCAUCGAGAAAAGAUGUGCAGACCCCAAAUUGUACUGUAAUUGUGAUGCUGAUCACCUUCAGUGGAGAUAUGACAGAGGGUUAUUGACCUUCCGUGAUCAUUUACCAGUGACCCAGGUGGUUGUCGGAGAUACAAACCGCACUAGUUCUGAAGCUUGGUUUUUAGUUGGACCUCUACGUUGCUAUGGAGACAGGAACACAUGGAAUACUGUGACGUUUAUGAAAGCAACACGCCUCAUUUUCCCAACCUUCAAACCCGGGAAUAGUAUGGAUAUCUCCUUCUUUUUCAAGACUACAUCCCUCUCUGGAACCUUUCUGGAGAACAUGGCCAGUGACUUCAAGAUCUUUAUCAGAAUUGAGAUGAACACAACAACUGACUUGGCAUUUAUUUAUGACAUUGGUAACGGCCAUGAAAAUGUGACUGUAAAAUCUCCACUUCCUCUAAAUGACAAUGAAUGGCAUGAAGUAAAAGCUGAAAUGAACGUUAAACUUGCUCGAAUCAAGGUGGACAGACUUCCAUGGGUUAUCCGCAACUUCCCUAUCCAGACUUACCUGAACACAUCAUAUGACCGACCACUUUAUGUAGGCUCUGCAGACUACAGACUGAAGCCAUACAUUGGCUGUCUCCGUGGUCUUCGGAUGAAUGGUCUGACCUUAGACUUAGAAGGAAAGGCAAAUGAGAGAUUAGGGGUGAGGACCAACUGCACAGGCUACUGUGAGAGGCCACAGAUGGAGUGCCAGAAUGGAGCCCGCUGUGUGGAGAGAUACAGUUACUAUACCUGUGACUGUAAUGGAACUGGCUUUGAAGGACCAUUUUGCACUAGAGACAUUGGUGCAUAUUUUGAAGCAGGAACAUGGCUACGCCACAAUAUACUUUCAGCUGGCAUGGUUGCUGCCCAGGAAUUUGCGAAAGUCAUCCUGUCUCUUCCCCUUUAUGUCAGCAACUUGACUCGUGAGGAGAUUUCAUUUAGCUUCAGGACUAACUCAGCACCAGCUGUUCUUCUGUAUGUCAGCUCCUUCAGCACAGAUUAUAUUGCCUUCCUUCUCAGGCCAGAGGGUAGGUCCAUGUUUUACAUAAUGCUAAUUACAUUUUUUAAAAUCCAUUGUGAUCUGGAAACACCAUUGUGUGCAGUUUUGGGACACAAUUCUGAAGGAAUAAAAAAAACACACACACACACACACACACUUUAUAUAUUUCAGUUAUGGGAAAAACACUUAUUGCAGAUUUUUAUGGGUGUUUCCAAGUACAAAUCAGUUACAAAUCAUAACAUGGUGGGGAGGGGGUAUCAAAAUAAAAAGAUGGGUGACUUUAAUAGGGUCAGUUUGGUGUAUGUAAGGCUAAUACUUUUUUCUUUUGUUUUGGAUAGAGUAGGGCACGAUUAG